CCUGAAGCUACCGAGAGAAAAUCUACCGACUGUCUGGAGGAAUCUGAAGCAGGAAUAAAGAGACUUAAAAUCUGAAGAAGAUGUAAGAAAGGAAGCAGCAACAGGGUAAUUACAUCUGGGAAAAAGUGGGAAGUGUAAGGAAAAGUGAAACUGCUUCUCUGCUGGAGCUGAGUCGGCACAUUUUGGAUUCUUCAUGGGGGAAAAUACUGAGAAAAGUUUAAUUUAAGGAGAUAAAAUCAGUCACUUUUUCUUCACGUGCAUUCGGAUCUAAUCUUGGGGAAACUUAAAAGAGUCAUCAGCUGAUCUGAGGAAGUAUUUUUUUUAAUUAUCUUUAAAUCACAUUAUUUGGAUUCUACUGAGACGGGAGAUGGAGACGACAAGAUUUUAAAGUUUUCUGGAAGAGUGACGGGGGGAGAGAUGGGGGAGAGAGAGGGGGAGGAUGAGUGAGGCGAGACGAUGACCUCCUCAUGACUUCCAUCAGAAGAAGGAAGUAGAGAAAAACAAAAACAGAUGCUGAACUUUUACCGAAAAUGACUUAAUUCGAUGUGAUGAACUCUCUGAGGACUCUACAGGAAGUGACCGAUUCAAACGGAACCCUUCAAAUUAAGAGUCUGGUGUGGAGAUGAACUGAGGCUAACGGGGCGUGACCUCUGACCUCUGUGCAGACGCUGGUUCCUGUGGGCAUGCAGCCCUCCUUCUCCACUCAGUUCAGCACCAUGAGGUUCUCCUACCACCUGAACACCUCCCCCCCCACUGCCCCCCCACACAGCAGCGCCUCCCCCAGGACAGGUCCCUCCUCCUCCUCCAGUCCCAGUCUGCUGGCUAAAGGUCUCUCUCUGGAGACGUCCUGCGCUCCGUGCGGCCACCAGGGGGCGCUGGACGCCGACGCUCCCCAGCAGCUGAGCUCCGACCCGGGGCCCAGCUCCUUCUCCUCUGACCCCGCCUCCCUGGAGCGAGGGGCGGAGCUAACAGUGCGCCGCGGCUCCGCUAACGGGCUCCUGCUGGUCAAUGACAGGGGGCCUCCGGAGCUACCAGCUACCACAAUAACACCAACGAGCAAGAGCAGGCCGCCGCUGCCCGGACCCAAACCUCAGGUCCCCCCGAAGCCCCCCCACCUCCAGCAGCAGGCGGGGGUGUCGAGGCCCCGCCCCCGGGUCCCAGAUAAGCCACUCCCCCCUCCCCCGCCCUGCAGGCCCCUCCCUGCAGACCCUCGGGGGGGCAGGUCUCCGCCCUGUCGCUCUGAUGGCACCGACUCCCCCAACUGUGUCCUGUCACUCAUCGAGAAGUUUGAGCGUGAGCAGAUAAUCGUGGUUCCUGACAUCACCGGGGGGGCUCUGUGUCCCCGCCUGCCGGACACCUCCUCCUCCUCUUCCUCACGUCCUUCAUCACCACCGUCCUCCUCACCUGCGGCCCCUCCCCCACCUGAAAAGGAACCGCCCUCUGAGGUCAAAGGUCACGAUGACAUCACACUGGGGGGAGAGGCUGAAGAAGAGGAGGAGGAGGGAGACGCCGACCUGCACGAUGAAGACGACGAUGACGACGAUGAAGAGUUGGCGGCGGCGUGUCGUGAGGACGUCCAUCAGAAGCGUCUCUCCAUGGAGUCGGGUUACAGCGCCUCGGAGAAACACCUGGAGGACGACGUGGUUGCCGUGGAGAUGAGGGAGCAACAGCCGGCUCAGCUCGACCAAUCAGAGCUCCCCUCAGAGCGCUUGUCCCUCCCCUCCUCACAGACAGAGGGAAAACUGGCCAAUCGGGACAGCGGCAUCGACAGCAUCAGUUCGCCGUCGCACAGCGAAGAGCUCUGUUUCGCUGGAGUGGACGAUGGGGGCGUGGCCUAUCCCUGUAGCCCCGCCCUCUUGCCCCGCCUCUCAAGCUCCUCCUCUUACGCGGGGGAGGGGGAGGAGGGGGAGGCGAGGGGCGGAGCCAGGAGGAGGCGGGACUUCUCUGAGGAGGGAGACAGCGACCUGGAGGAGGAGGAGGAGGGCGAGCUGACUCUGGUGCUGCCCCCCCCCAAAACAGACAGACAGGACUCUGUGGAGGUGAGACAGGAAGUGAGACCAGACCUUUUGUUCACCAAACAACUGUCGGUCCAGCAGAGGGUCUUUAACAUCGCCAACGAGCUGCUGCACACAGAGAUCGGCUACGUCUCCAAACUCCACCUCCUGGACCAGGUCUUCUGUGCUCGUCUCCUGGAGGAGGCGCGCUCUCGCUCCUCCUUCCCCUGCGACGUGGUUCAGGGAAUCUUCUCCAACAUCUGCUCCAUCUACUGCUUCCACCAGCAGUUCCUCCUGCCGGCGCUGCAGAAACGCAUGGAGGAGUGGGAAUCGAACCCUCGUAUCGGGGACAUCCUUCAGAAGCUGGCUCCCUUCCUGAAGAUGUACGGAGAGUACGUGAAGAACUUUGACCGAGCCAUGGAGCUGGUGAACAUCUGGAUGGAGAGAUCAGCGCAGUUCAAGGCCAUCGUGCAGGAGAUCCAGAGGGAGGAGCGCUGUGGGAACCUGACUCUGCAGCAUCACAUGUUGGAGCCGGUCCAGAGGAUCCCUCGCUACGAGCUGCUGCUCAAAGACUAUAUGCACCGCCUGCCGGAGGACGCCCCAGACCACCGGGACGCCCAGAAGUCUCUGGAGCUGAUCGCCACCGCAGCAGAACACUCCAACGCCGCCAUCAGGAAGAUGGAGCGGAUGAGGAAGCUGCUGAAGGUGUACGAGCUGCUGGGAGGAGAAGAAGACAUCGUUAACCCGACUAACGAGCUCAUCAAAGAAGGACACAUCCUCAAACUGUCCAACAAGAACGGCACCACGCAGGACCGAUACCUCAUCCUGUUUAACGACAGGUUGCUGUACUGCGUCCCGAAGCUGCGUCUGAUUGGUCAGAAGUACGGCGUCCGUGCUCGCAUCGAUGUGGACGGGAUGGAGCUGAAAGAGACCAGCAGCGCUGCAGUACCUCGGACGUUCCUGGUUUCUGGAAAACAAAGAUCUCUGGAGCUGCAGGCCAGGACGGAGGAGGAGAAGAAAGACUGGAUUCAGGCCAUCCAGGCGACCAUCCAGAGACACGAGCAGACGAUGGAGAGCUUCAGACAUCUCAACUGUUCUCUACGAGACGACGAGUCCACGCCGCCUCACUCCCCGAGCUGUGUGGAGCUGGGGAAGCGGGCUCCGACCCCCAUCAGAGAGAAGGAGGUGACUCUGUGUAUGAAAUGUCAGGAGCCGUUCAACUCCAUCACCAAGAGACGGCACCACUGCAAGGCCUGCGGACACGUGGUUUGUGGGAAAUGUUCAGAGUUUCGUGCUCGCCUUUCGUACGACAACAACCGCACCAACCGUGUUUGCAUCGACUGCCACGCCAUGCUGGUGGGGGCGUCGCCAUCGCCCGCCCUGCUGAGCAGCAGCAGCCAGAGGAGGCGCUCCAUCCUGGAGAAACAGGCCUCCUUGGCAGCGGAGCACAGUGUGAUUUGUAGUUUUUUGCACCACAUGGAGAAAGGGAGUGGGCGCGGCUGGCAGAAAGCCUGGUUCGUCGUCCCGGAGAACGAGCCGCUGGUGCUCUACAUCUACGGAGCUCCACAGGAUGUGAAGGCGCAGCGCAGCGUUCCUCUGAUUGGCUUCGAGGUCUCCCUCCCCGAGUCAUGUGACCGCCUCGAGCGCCGCCACGCCUUCAAGAUCUCCCAGAGUCACCUGACGCUGUUCUUCAGCGCCGACUGUGAGGAGCUGCAGCGACGGUGGAUCGACGUCCUGCUGCGCGCCGGGAGGGGGGAGGAGCCUCAGGUGCAUCGGCCAAUCGUGGAGAGCGUGGAGGAGGAGGGGGAGGAGCUUGCGACCGUAGCAGAGGACGAGAACACGUGAUUCUAUUGGACGAGAGAAAAAAAUGGCAACGAUGAUUAAUAUUGGUCCCUGUUGGAAACCAUUACAAAACCAGUAGCUGAUAUUUACACACACACACACACACACUGCAUGAUGGCGUCUCUUCUUCUUCAACUUUUUUCGUGAGGCAGUGAUGUGGGCGGAGCCUCUUCUCCCGCAGGAAUCAUGGGAACCACUGUGUUUUUCAUCCCCUCAGUUUGGUCUCAAACACACAAAAAAAGAGUAAAGAGCUCUCUGAUUGGAUGGAUUUCCUGGAACAUGAAGCACAUUCAUCAGCUGCUGUUAUAAACAUUUUACCUUAUGGUUUCCACUGAUCCAGUGUUCAGAAGAUCAACAGGUGUUAACUUAGUGGUUAAAUCACGUUGUUUUUUCCACUUUAAUACAGCAGCAACAACCAUCAAGGAGUCACACAACACGUAGAGGGUUUUAAUAACAAAACCGGCAGAUCUAAAACUCCAGUUAUUAUUACUGAUACGUUCUCUGUCAGUGCAAGAAUAUUCAAUUAUUUCAACAAUUUUCAGUUUUCUGCACAGACCAGUAAAAAGUGAUCUUGUAUGAAGACACUAGAUUUACAGAAGCUCGGAAACACAAAGCAGAUCUGCAACAUUAAGGGAUUCAGAUUGGACAAACUGAGACACUGGUGAAUUCACAAAAACUGGAUUGGAGCUUCUUUUAGUUUCAUGAAUUGUGCAGCAUUAGCAACCUGUAUUUGCGCCGUCCCAAGAUCCGGUUCACAACAGAUAAUGCCCUAAUUAUGUUAAAAUGCAAACACCCUUUGAGAUUUGCAGCUUUAAACUACUAUCCUUGUCUGUGAGUAUAAAUGUGCUUCAAGUAACACAAACUCUCUGAAGACACUAAUAAUUUCACUGUAACUGCGUGUGGCUGUUACCGCUAAACAUUGUGAUUUGGACUGUUUUUGCACGAUGCUCAAUUUAAUGCCAAAUCCCAGCAAAUUCCCUGAUUUAAAAACGUGCAAAUACCACAGGAGAACGGAGAAGCAAUUGUCUUGGAAGAGCAAUUAGGAAUGCAUUUAACCUUUUGUUGGCGCUUUGAGAAAUAAGCAGUUUCUUAUUGUUAUAUUCAUGCAGGUUUAGGGAUUUGGCUGCAGAAGCUUUGCAAUCCUUUUGUGAAUGUUCCCCUGAGUGCAGUCCAGCUCAGUGUCCCUAUGAUUCACACUCAUUUUGGACAAUGCUGCACCUCCAGUUUUACAUCCAACGCCAACGAUGUAACUUCAACCACCGUCUGGUGCUUGUUGGCUCACAGAUUUAGUAAAAAAUUAGAAGUGUUAAAACAUUAUUGUUGGAAGUGAAUCUGGUGUUUUGCAGAAUCUUCCAAUAUCAGUGUUCAGAUUGUUUCUGAUAUCAACAAGCAAACAGGUGUGUUACGACAAAAGCAGCAACCUUCAUUAAUCUGACCCGAGUGGAAUGGAUUAAACAAGCACAUCAAAAAGCAUUUCAGAGUCAAAAUGGACAACAGAUUUAAAAUCCCAGCUGAGGGUUUAGGAGUGGAUCUUCUACCAGACAUGAUGCAGCCACGAAGAAGAGAUUAAAGAAGAGAUUUUUCCCUGUUUUUAAAAGAUAUGUGUCAGCAGGAAGUUGAUAGACUGUCAAAAGGAGGAAACGCUGUGAGAUUUUUAAAAAACAAAAGAAGAAAAAGACUGAUGUGUCCUCUUUAAAUGAACUUAAAAGACUUUUGAUUUUUUAACCCCAAAAUUUGCCCCUGAAGAUCAACUCCUGUAUUUUGACUUUUAAACUUCACUGCUGCUGUCUGACAAAUCCAAACCUGCCUAUCGAAUCACCUGUCCGGAGGUAAACUACAUUUCCCAGCAGCCUUGGCUCCAAGUGGUGGACUCAUUUUACCUGAAGCCUCUCUGCCUUCUGCUGGUGAAGUUCGGUACUGCAGAUUUUUAUAAAAAUCACUGAGGUGGUUCAUCGGGGUCCUCAAGAAAUCGCCAUGUUUUCAGAUCACAAAAAAAAAUCAUGAAGCAGAGAAACAAGAAUUUAAAGAGUCCAAAAACGUAAAUAUUUUGACUUCAUUUAUUCAGUUUUUCAUUAUUUUGUGCAAACCUUCGGAGACUGUGAACCACUAUUUUCAUUGUUAAUAAUUAUGCCGAUUAUUUUCUCAAUUAAUAUGGAUUGUUUGGUCUAUAAUAUGUCAGAAAAUCCAAAAUGAUGUCUUUUAUAUGUUUUAUUUUUCGUCAGUCCAAAGAUAUUCACCAUUAUAUUAAAUAAAAUAUAAAAUAUAUAAGCUGAUAACCACCAUAUUAAGAGAAUCUGAAAACAUUUGAAGACGUCACUUUGGAGACAUAUUCUAUAGACCAGACAACCUAUGAUUAAUUGAGAAGAUAAUUAAAUAGCUGAAAAUGAAAAUGAUUGUUAGAUACAAGGCCUCUAAAGGACACUGGUGAUCUCAGCCCCAGAUGAUGAUGAUGAUGAUGGUGGUGGUGAAGGUUUUUUUUUUUUAAAGAUGGAUGUAUAAAGUUUGAAAAAUAGUUUUUUUAAGAUGGAUACAUGAAGAGGAACCAGGAACCAGCUGGACUGUACACCUUCAUGUUGUCAGAUGAACUCGGUGGUGUCUGUUUCCUGGAUGUUGGGAAUUAAUCCAGCUAUUAGACGGAGCCGAACUGAAUCUACAAGAAUAGACUUUAGUUGUUUUUAUCAUGUUCGCUUCCAGUGGUCCAGUAUUUCUCUCUCUCUGUCUCUAUAAACACCUUUUGGACAAAGUGUUUUGAUAGUGAAAAUAUUAUUAAUAUUAUUAUUGUUAUUCUGAUGCUAUGAUGAAGUGAACAGACUUCUUGUUGGAUAUUUCGGUGUUUAUGAGUCUGGGUUGUGUUUGAUGUUUGCUUGAUGCAAGUUGAUGCAAGAAGAAAACAAAGAGUAAAGAUUUUGUAAAUAUAA